ACCGAUCCUGAACCAGCCGCUGGAGUCGGAGUGGCGGCGACCCGGUGUGGAGCCGGCGGAAAGCCACUGGGGAGAGGCCAGCUGCGGUCCGUCCCGGCUUGGCUCCAGCUCCAGUUCCGGUGGGGAGCAACAGUCGCGGUGUCCGCCUCCGCCUCCAUCGUCGUCGGGGGAGGGGCCGCUCGGACCCCGGGGUCACUGCCGAGGAAUGAGGAGGAGAGGCGGCCGGGCCCCGCGCUCCGCCCCGGCCUAGAGCCUUGCCCUGAGAGUCGCGAGGUGCACCAGCCUGUGGAGAAAUCGCGAGACUAUGGCGGGGUUCUGCUCAAAAACUUGUGGUCGAAGCCUGGAUUUUGAUCUGUGUUGUGCUCACAUCCCGCUGCCUGAGAGUACUUGAUGACCCCAUGACCCUGGACAUGGAUGCUGUCCUGUCGGAUUUUGUCCGUUCCACAGGUGCAGAGCCAGGGCUGGCCCGAGAUCUUCUGGAAGGAAAGAACUGGGAUGUGAGUGCUGCCCUCAGUGAUUUUGAACAGCUACGCCAAGUUCAUGCUGGGAACCUGUCCCCACCCUUUAGUGGAGGGAGUAGUUGCUCUAAGACCCCUGAAAAAGGGUGUUCUGAUAGAGAGCCCACUCGCCCUUCUCGACCGAUCCUACAGAGACAGGAUGACAUCAUUCAAGAAAAACGCCUGUCUAGGGGCAUCUCCCACGCCAGUUCCAGCAUUGUUUCCCUGGCCCGGUCCCAUGUCUCCUCCAAUGGUGGGGGUGGGGGGAGCAGUGAGCACCCCCUGGAAAUGCCCAUCUGUGCCUUCCAGCUUCCAGAUCUCACUGUGUACAAAGAAGACUUCCGAAGCUUCAUAGAGAGGGACCUCAUUGAGCAGUCCAUGCUGGUCGCCUUGGAACAGGCAGGGCGUUUGAAUUGGUGGGUCAGCGUGGAUUCCAUCUGUCAGAGGCUGCUCCCCUUAGCAACUACUGGAGAUGGGAACUGCCUCCUGCAUGCAGCCUCUCUUGGGAUGUGGGGUUUCCACGACAGAGACCUGGUGCUGCGGAAAGCGCUGUACGCACUGAUGGAGAAGGGUGUCGAGAAGGAGGCGCUGAGGAGGCGCUGGAGGUGGCAGCAGACACAGCAGAAUAAAGAGUCUGGACUGGUGUACACCGAGGACGAAUGGCAGAAGGAGUGGAAUGAACUGAUCAAGCUUGCCUCAAGUGAACCCAGGAUGCACCUAGGCACCAAUGGAGCCACCGGUGGUGGCGUGGAGAGCUCAGAGGAGCCCGUGUAUGAGAGCCUCGAGGAGUUCCACGUCUUUGUCCUUGCUCACGUGCUCAAGAGGCCCAUAGUGGUCGUGGCAGACACCAUGCUGAGGGACUCUGGAGGGGAAGCCUUUGCCCCUAUUCCAUUUGGAGGGAUCUACCUCCCACUGGAGGUCCCAGCCAGCCAGUGCCACCGGUCGCCUCUGGUGCUCGCCUAUGAUCAGGCCCACUUUUCUGCACUUGUGUCGAUGGAGCAGAAGGACAGUGGCAAGGAGCAAGCUGUGAUCCCGCUCACAGAUUCAGAACAUAAGCUGCUGCCCCUGCACUUUGCCGUGGACCCAGGAAAGGGCUGGGAGUGGGGCAAAGAUGACAACGACAAUGUCCGGUUGGCCAGCAUAAUUCUGUCCCUGGAGGUCAAGUUACAUCUGCUGCACAGCUACAUGAAUGUGAAGUGGAUCCCACUGUCAUCUGAUGCCCAGGCGCCUCUGGCCCAGCCCGAGUCCCCCACAGCCUCAGCUGGAGACGAGCCCAAGUCCACUCCUGAGUCCGGGGAGUCGGACAAGGAGUCGGUGGGCAGCGGCUCUACCAGCAAUGAGGGCAGCAGGCGGAAGGAGAAGUCGAAGCGAGACCGGGAGAAGGACAAGAAGAGAGCGGACUCGGUGGCUAACAAGCUGGGCAGCUUCGGCAAAACGCUGGGCAGCAAGCUGAAGAAGAACAUGGGGGGCCUGAUGCAUGGCAAGGGCCCCAAGCCUGGCGCGCUGGGCAGCGGGUCUGGAGUAAGCAGUGGCACCGAGACUCUGGAGAAGAAGAAGAAGAACAGCGCACUCAAGAGCUGGAAGGCUGGCAAGGAGGAGGCCGCUGGGGAUGGGCCCGUGUCUGAGAGGCCCUCGGCUGAGUCUGUUGGCAAUGGGGGGAGCAAGUACAGCCAGGAGGUGAUGCAGAGCCUGAGCAUCAUGCGGAUCGCAAUGCAAGGGGAGGGCAAGUUUAUUUUUGUCGGAACCCUGAAGAUGGGCCAGCGGCACCAGUACCAGGAGGAGAUGAUCCAGCGCUACCUUGCAGAUGCGGAGGAGAGAUUCCUGGCAGAGCAGAAGCAGAAGGAAGCUGAGCGCAAGAUCAUGAAUGGAGGCUUAGUUAGUGGGCCGCCUCCAGCCAAAAAGCCAGAGCCGGAUGGCGGGGAGGACCAGCCCAGCGACUCCCCAGCAGAGUCCAAGGCCCUGGCGGCGUUCUCUACCGGUUACCCUGGGGGCUUUACUAUCCCUCGACCUUCUGGGGGUGGGGUCCACUGCCAGGAGCCCCGGAGGCAGUUGGCAGGGGGCCCGUGUGUAGGCGGCCUUCCACCCUAUGCCACCUUUCCCAGACAGUACCCUCCUGGGCGACCCUACCCUCACCAGGACAACAUCCCACCUCUGGAGCAGCCAGGCAAAGAUGGAGUUCACAGGGGUGCCUUGUUACCACCCCAGUUCCGCGUGGCUGAUUGCUAUAGCAAUGGCUACAGAGAGCCCCCUGAGCCGGAUGGAUGGGCUGGAGGUUCCCGGGGGGUUCUCCCAACCCAGACCAAAUGCAGACAGCCGAACUGCAGCUUCUAUGGGCACCCCGAGACAAACAACUUCUGCUCCUGCUGUUACCGGGAAGAACUGAGGCGGAGGGAACGGGAACCAAGUGGGGAACUGCUGGCGCACAGGUUCUGAAUGGGUAGGAAGAACCUCGGCGGCGGCGGCAGCGGGAAAGGGGUAAACAAAGAAAGUGAAGCUCAACUCUGGCUCCUGGAGACCCAGCCCCUGUGUCGACGGGGCCCGUGCAGAAAUGUCUGAGAGAGCUGGAGUGCAGCAGGCUGGCGGGCAGGACAGGGCUGGUGCCAUCUCAGGGCCGGGCUGCUCUUAGGGAGGGCUGACUUGAGACUGCACGACCGAAGGGAAGACUAUCUAUCUCAUAACCCCCUGCGCCCUGUCCCAGGGCCCAGGGGAAGUAGGGAAAUAAUUGGUGUGUGUGGGUGGGAGGUGGGUGGACAUCUUGGGGGAGGAACCUGGAAAGAAGGUCCUCAGUCAGCGAAGGAAAAACCAGACCAAAGUUCAUUGACUUUAGAAAAAAGCACAUGGUGGUGGAGUUGGGAGUGUAGGGGGAAUCUGAGAUACUGAACAUGUUUGAUUUGGUUUGAAUUAGGUAGGUGACAGGCUUGGGUACAUUCUUCUUCCCAAGGAAGGGUCAGGCAGUGUGUGCCUGGCCUUCUUAGAAAGGGGAUUUUAAAUCCCAGAGGGUGGACGUAGCAAAGGGAGGAGCUUGGAGGAGGAUUCUUUUUCCUAGGAAGUUUUAUGUUCUAGCUAGUCAUCUGUCGUCCAUUCUAGUUUUAGGGGAGUCUGCCUGUUGCCCCCAUCUUUUCCUCAUCCUUUUUGAGGACUGAGCUCAGCUAAGUUAAGAAGUUGUGGUUUAAAGAAGUUUUAUUUUUAAAAGCAAGUCCUCUUUGGGAGAGAGAAGGGUGGUAAGAGCAGCCUCGUGUGCGGGGCUCUCUUCAGGUGGGUGCAGAGUGAGCUGUUUUUAACUACUUAGCAAUAACUACAUGUGGGCUUGGAGUGCACUGAGGAGGCCGGGGGCCAGACUGUUUGAAGCUAUACCAAAACCCUCUGUAGAGCUCUCCGCUGCUGCGUUUCUGUAGAAAGCAGCUUAUUUUACUAAUUUUUUUUUAAAGAAAAAAUAAGACCCUGGCAAAAAAAAUUAAAAAUUACUUACUCCCCACCCCCAUUUAAGUGAUUUUUUUUUUCUCCUUCCUGUCUAGUUCUGGAGAACGAACUUAACAUCUUGGCUUCUUUUGUUAAGCCAUAGCUGACCUUAAUCUAUGGUUAGCUUAUUAAAAUAAUAAGAAUACUUUGUAAGAAGAAUUAUUUUUGAUAUUAGGACUGGUGUUGAAGCAUGGGAUGGGACUAGGGGCCAUUUAUAAAGGUAGCUAGAGAAAAUAUAUUUUAGUGAACCAUAGCCACAGGCCCAGAUUAGUCCCAGUGGGCUGAUCUGCCUUUGGAUUUCUCCCUUUCCUGAGCCAACCCUGUUCUCCAGAGGGGGAGCGGCCCCAGUGGGAAGAGGUCCCUUGCGGUUUGCACAAAGCACAAGUCUGGACAGCACUCGCUCUGCCCAGAGCCAUUUCGAAGAGCUUUAAACCAGAAGACUCCCUCACCAGUUGUCCUUUCUCCCUGUAUUUUUUUUUCCUGGGGGAAAAAUCAUCUAUGCAAUUGUAUACACUUGUGGCUGUAUAUGAAGAAGGGGUGUGAGUGUGCUUCCGUGUCCAGAGUGUUGACUGGCUGUUCUGUGCUUUGAUUUCUUUACUGAGGUAUGUCAUCGCCCACAUUUGAUGGAAUGUAAUCCCCACAUUGGAUCUAAGGCACAAAUGGCUCUGCGUGUGUGUGUGUAUGUGUGUGUGUGUGCGCGUGCGUGCGUGCGUGUGUUUGGGGGGACUCCUGUCUACAUGUUUCUUCUGCCUAGUCAGGAUAAUGAUCACACACCUCCCCUUGGUAACAAAGCUAGUCAACAAUUCCUCAUUGAAAUUAUUUAGUUUAGAAAGGCUUUUUUCCCCUCAAAAAAUUUGAAAGUCACUUCCAUAUCUGUCAAUCUGUUGAUUUAAUAAUUUCCUGUUAUUAUUUUCAGACAGUUUUUGUUUGUUUCUUUGCUAUGUAGCCCUGGCUGGCCAGCCUGGUACUUGUUACAUAGCCCAGGCUAGCCUCCAACUUACAGCCACCCUCCUGCCUCAGUCUUGUGAAUUGUGGGACCUGGGUGUGAGCUGCCACAUCCAGCUUUCUUUAGGCUGGAACCUAACAGAGACGAGCAUUUCUGCAGGUGUAUAACUUAAAGGUCUAUUCAGAAAUGGAGGAGUUUUUAUGUUUUGUUUUUUUAGAUAGGGUCCUCCUUGGGCCUCAAAUGUAUGGCCCUCUUGCUUCAGCUUACCAAGUGCUGGGAUCACGCCAUCCAGUAUAUAAACAUAAUAUGAAAAGCCCAGACUGACCCAAACAUCAGAAUCUUGGGAUGUAACAGGAAUGGUAUUGAGGUGAAAGCAGUGAGCCCUGAAUUGAACAAAUAUGAGGACAAAUCCUAUCUAUUUACAUUUUUAUGUUCAUAAAGUUUUUUUGUUUUUUUUUUUUACAUGUUUUGACUUUUUACAAAAUACUGCAUCAAGAUGGUAUUUAUCUUGAUUCAUGGGUUUUAAGCACUCCUUCAUUUUCUCUCCCAAGGUGAAUGAAUGCCUUGUGCCUUGUUCUCAUCACCUUAGACUUGUCCCAGUUCCUGGAGUUUGAGUGGUACAGAUGAGCCCCUCCCUUCCUGACACUACAGACACCCUGGUGGCACUGCUCAUCAUCCCCACACCCUCCCUGGGUACCUGCCUAGGGGAAGAGGGACAGAGAUGGCCCAGCUGGGGUUUGCCCAGUAAGACCAGGGAAGUUGCUCUCGUUGGAUUGCUGUGCUUGGACUUGAUCUGUUAGUAGAUUGUAUUGACCACUCCUGUUUUUAAAAACCGAGAACAAAUGAAGAUAAACAGAAACCUUGUAUCAUGUUUGUUUUUAUUUAUAUGGUACCCAAUCUUAAUUGUUUGCCUUUUCAAAGCAAAAAUAAAAGGAAGUUCCAGGGACGGGAAGGGAGUUCUAAGAUUAUGUGGAAAAUGGGUCUUAGGCUCUUUUAACUUUUUGUUAAAUUAGUUUUAAUUGGGAGGGUGACUAUUAAGACACCAAAAGGCCUCUCUAAGGGUUUUAUUUAUUUAUUUUCUUUUUUUAAAAUAAGGGAUGGUGAACUUUAUUUUUCACUCUCUUUGGGGGUGACGGAGGGGUGGAGUAGGAUGGAGUUAAUAAUGUCUGGAAAACAAAACAGAUCCGGAUUGGCUUGCAUUUUGGUGUAGACAAGCCCAUGCGAUUACUGUGGUGGGGAGAAGUGAGGGAGGGUUGCGUGGGGAACUUCAAACCUCCCUUGUCCAGAGGGUCAUGGGGGUGACAGGAAGGUAGACCCUGUAUCCCUAGGUGAGGCAUGGCCUCAUCGCUCAGGCUUACAUUAAGUGCAAUUAUUCCUGUUAAUCCAGGGCAUCUGGGGUCCUACUGAAGUUAAUGGAGAGAGGAGAUCUUCAGGGUUCUUCUUUUCUCCUUUCCACUUAACACGGUUAUACCCUCUCCCCUACAUUCUCUGCCCUGUCCCCAACUUCCCGCAAAUCCACCAGAGGCCGGCCUCCAAAUCCUUCCUCUUUACUCAGGCUGGCUUAAUUGAGAAUUGCAAAAGACUUUCUUCAUACUGUGUUUUAUAAAGAAUAUAAAUUAUAUCUUUUUAUUUAGUUUUUAAGAUGCAAUUUCUAAGAGUGAGGGAUGGUGUUAAGCUCUCUGCUGUGCCUUAAAAUAGAAGUACCUUCCCUCACCAUAGGCUUCCAGAGUCCACAGACAAUAGAGCAGAAAUUACCAUGACUUUAUCUUAUAUACUUGGGUGGGGGGUGAUCCUGAGCCCAGAGAAUGGAGCUGGUUCCCUGAGAUCUGGCUCUGGCCUUUCUUCCUUCAGUCACGUGCCCAAGGUUCCAGGCACUUUGUUUUCCUUCAGUAAAGGAGCAUUUGGGAAAUUAUUGUCUGUGUGUUGCUCAGACACCUCUGGACUCUGCCCUCUUUUUCCAAGGACAGUGCCACCCAUAUAGCCAUAGGUGAGAACAGAACUGGAAGCCAUUUUCUGGCUUAGAAACACAAACUCCAGAGUCUUAGAACUGAAUUCUUUCCCUCCAUCUCCAACUGCAGAUUCAGUGAGUCAUAGGGGCUCUGUCUGUUUUAAUAAUAUUUUGCAGCUACCCAGUCACAAAUUAGGGUGUAUUGCCUCCUGUGCUUAAGCUGAUUAACUGUCAUGCUUCCGAGUGGAAUUCCUGUGCCCCUCCAUGGCUGCGUGGGUGGGGGCGGCAGAAGUGAUGGACGCUGUCUGAGGAGUCGGGUGGGAAGGACCUUGGCCUCGUUCUGUGUUUAUAACUGGAUCUGUGAUUCAUCGCGUGAGUCACUCAGCUCCACCUCCCUCCUCCAGCUGCCCCUCCCAGCAGCCCUUGCUCCUGGCAAACCUGUACCCAAAAUGGGUCUGAAAAUGGAAAAAUCUGAUGCAGCUCUUUGCCUCUCUAUGCCCUUUCCAUCCAGUAGUGGACAGCUGGGUUGUGCUGCAGGUGGUGAGAGUCUUCCGUUACCUGACCUUCAGCUGCUGCCCUUGCAUUUCUGGUUAGGGGGUGAUCCAAGUCACCCAGUUCAUUUCUCUGACCAUUCUUCCUCUGUUCUGCUGUUCCCAUACCUCGAGGUAUUAAAGACUAGAAUGAGGCUCUCGGAAGAGUGGUAGGGGGAAGAAAAGUGGAUCAUGGGAUUUUAAACCAUGGGGGGUGGGGGGCGCACACCUCUUCCGACGCUGCUUCCUUAUUACAGUUCAUACUUUAUUCCACAAGACAUUGAGAGGUGCGUGCUGGGGUAGAGGUGUUCAGCAACCUUUUGGACCUCACAGUAAGGCUUCUGGGCCCCCUUCUUCGCAAGCACAUACCUGUUCCAGACUGGCUCGGCUCGCGCCAGCUCCACUGUUUCCACAGUUGCAGCCAACACCAGGAACUUGGGGAGCUGAGGCUGGAAGGAUGUGUGCUGUGGGGAAGGGAGGGUUGAAUGUCACGACCCCCACCUAAGGAUUGCUGCCUCUGUACAGACUCAAAAACAAUAAAACAGCAGCUCAUUAACCCUA